AUGAAGGGAGACAAGAAACAUAAUGCUAGGGUGGAGCGGAAUUUAAACAAUGUAGUGAUGGAAGAGUCAGAGAUAUAUACACAAUAUCAAUACAAUUCUGGGGAUCCCAGACAUGAGAGAUCCCAGCCUGCUUCUCAGGCAUAUACGUCAGACCCUACAAGCAGCAGGAAUUCCAAUAGGAGACUUCCUGACCUAAAUUUACCACCAUCAGAAGUUAAACCUGUACUUAACUAUUCCAUUCAGACAGGUGAGGAGUUUGCUCUUGAAUUUAUGCGUGAUCGAGUUAAUCCUAAGAAGCCUGUCAUUCCAAAUGCUGUUGGUGAUCCCAGUUAUGCAACUGGUUAUCUGGAACUAAAAGGCAUUUUAGGCAUUAGUCAUACAGGGUCUGAAAGUGGAUCCGACAUUUCGAUGUUAACCAUAGUAGAGAGAAGUCAAAAAGAAUUUGAGAGGACUAACUCGUCUUUACAUGAAGAGAGAAGCAACUAUGGGUUAGCUCAGUCGGUACCAAGAACUUCUUCAGGUUACGAAAGUCGUGGAUUGCUACAUGGCUAUGCUUCCUGUGGAGCCUCCGAUAGCUCCUCUGGGAAAAUGAAAGUUCUCUGCAGCUUUGGUGGUAAAAUCCUACCCCGACCAAGUGAUGGAAAACUGAGGUAUGUUGGAGGUGAAACGCGCAUCAUGCGCAUAGCAAGGGACAUUUCUUGGCAUGAGUUUAAGCAGAAAACUUUAGCAAUAUAUAGCCAAGCUUGUGUGAUAAAGUAUCAGCUUCCUGGAGAAGAUCUUGAUGCCUUGGUUUCUGUUUCAUGUGACGAGGAUCUGCUGAAUAUGAUGGAUGAGUGGAGUGAAGUUGAAGAUAGAGAAGGAUCACAAAAACUCAGAAUGUUUCUCUUCUCAAUGAGUGAUUUGGAAGAUGCUCAAUUUGGUCUCGGCAUUGCAGAGGUUGAUUCUGAGGUACAGUAUGUAGUUGCUGUCAAUGGCAUGAAUAUGGGGUCCAGAAGAGAAUCUACGCUGCAUGGUUUGGCAAGCUCUUCAGGAAAUAACUUAGAUGAGUUAGAUAGAUCAAACAUUGACAGGGAGACUACUAGUGUUGCAACUACCUCUGUUGGGGUCAGCGCUUCACCUUUGACUGACAUUUAUCAGUCUUCUCAAACUACUCUUCAAAGUUCCUCCAACGCCUAUGAGACCUAUCCACAGUUUUAUCAUGGCCAGAUGAUGGAUCCUAGAGACGCUAGGCAGUUUCCAUUGCACUAUAACCAUAAUUCGUCUAACUACUCCCCUUUUGGAGAAAUCCCUUAUUCAAGACAACUUCACGGGCUUAUGAAUGAAGAUGCAGGUUUUUAUGAAGGACAGCAAUAUAACAGCUUUCAGGUAAAGAAUUCACAGAUACCGGUAAGGGAGGUGAAGCCAAGACCUGUUGGUUCCAUUCAGCAAGAGAUUGACCAGGGAAAAACUCAUCCGAUAGAGAAAGUUUACCCUGCCCCAGUUAAUGAAGUACCAAUCACAGCUGCUGCGCCAGAAGGAGAUCUACGUACCAUACCCUCAAAAUAUGAGGGAAAAUGCCAAGAACCAGAGAAGGUUUCUUCUUCUGUUGAUGAUGUGAAUCAAGUGCAGGCUCCUAAAUCUCGUGAAGAUGAUCAACACUCUACACCAAGUGCUGCAUCUGGUCCAGGAAAUGCUGAUUCUGCUUCUAAUCCAAUUGACUUGAGCUAUCUUGAGCUGUCUAGACCUCAGAGGGUUUAUUGUUCAGAGAGAAUACCCCGGGGGCAAGCAGAGUUGCUGAAUAGAUUAUCAAAGUCUGAUAACUCACUUGGCUCUCAGUUGCUCAUUUCUCAUUCACGUUCUGACGUCGCUGAAAACAAUUCAGUUACAGAAUCUGUGGAAAAUUUCCAUGAUAGUAAUCUGGCUGCCCAUACUGAACAGUCCAUUUCAACUGCAACACCAUGUACAGACUCUCUAAUCAUGGAUGAUAGAAUUGGUGAGUUUGAGACAGAUAUUACUACUGGUAAUCGUAGGAAACUCCUGGUUGAUGAAAAGGGAGACGUGGGAUCUGGCCAUCCAGCUGUGGCUCAAGUAACUUCUGUUGUGCAGCAUAAGGAUCCUGCAGCUGAUCUUCUGAAUGAACCAGAUGAGAUAACAAACAGGGAUGUCUCUGAUAAGGACGAUCGGGGACAUUCUCAGCCAUUUUCUUGGACAGAGAGCUCAACUAAAGAUGUUGCUGCCAGAAUACCCUCUGUUGGUGUUUCGUCCACCAAGCAGGCAGAAAUCCAGAUAGAUAUUAAUGACAGAUUCCCUCGUGAUUUCCUUUCUGAAAUAUUCUCAAAAGGGAUAUUUACUGAGGAUGCCUCUGGUGUUAGUCCAAUACACAAUGAUGGAGCUGGCGUGAGUGUAAACAUGGAAAAUCACGAGCCUAAGCACUGGUCAUAUUUUCAGAAGUUGGCGAAGGAAGAGUUUGUUCAAACAGAUGUUUCUCUUAUUGACCAGGAUCAUCUUACCACUCCGUCUGUGCUUACAAAUGUAGAAGAAGAUCAUAAAUCUUAUCAUUUCACACCUUUGGCAGCAGGUGGAGAUUCAUUGGGCCAUGGCUAUUCUCAAAUUAAUUUAGUCCAAGACAAUCAGAAUAAUUUACCUGGAAUGGUAGGAGCUGAUUCUACAAUGAUGUCCAAUUUUGAUCAUUCCCAAUUGAAGGAUACUGAAAGUAUGCAGUUUGAGGCUAUGAUGGAGAACCUGCAGUCACCAGAGUCACAGUAUGAGGAUGGGAAGUUGGAUAACAGGAACAAUGGCCUUCCUCCCCGUGAUCCUUCUCUUGGAGAUAUUGAUAUCAAUACCUUGCAGAUCAUAAAAAAUGAAGAUCUUGAAGAGCAGAAAGAAUUGGGUUCUGGUACUUUUGGGACUGUGUAUCAUGGAAAAUGGAGGGGAACGGAUGUUGCCAUUAAGAGGCUAAAGAAGAUCUGUUUCACAGGUCGAUCAUCAGAGCAAGAAAGACUGACCUUAGAGUUUUGGCGGGAAGCUGACAUCCUUUCAAAGCUUCACCAUCCAAAUGUUGUAGCUUUUUAUGGUGUGGUUCAAGACGGACAUGGGGGGACAUUAGCUACUGUGACAGAGUACAUGGUUGAUGGUUCUCUUAGAAAUGUUUUACUUCGCAAAGACAGCAGGUAUCUAGAUCGUCGCAAGAGACUUCUCAUAGCUAUGGAUGCUGCGUUUGGAAUGGAAUAUCUGCAUUCGAAGAAUAUUGUGCAUUUUGAUUUGAAAUGCGACAACUUGCUUGUGAACUUGAAAGAUCCCCAACGACCAAUCUGCAAGGUUGGUGAUUUUGGCCUGUCAAAAAUCAAGCGAAAUACUUUGGUUUCUGGAGGUGUAAGGGGAACUCUACCAUGGAUGGCCCCAGAGCUGCUAAAUGGAAGCAGUAAUAAGGUCUCAGAAAAGGUUGAUGUAUUCUCUUUUUCCAUUGUCUUGUGGGAAAUUCUGACUGGUGAGGAGCCAUAUGCCAACAUGCACUAUGGUGCAAUUAUUGGGGGAAUUGUAAACAACUCGUUGAGACCAACAAUUCCAAGUCAUUGUGAUUCUGAAUGGAGAAGGUUGAUGGAGCAAUGUUGGGCUCCUAAUCCGGCAGUUAGGCCUUCCUUUACAGAAAUUGCCAGUCGUUUGCGCACAAUGUCAACAGCUGCUAGCCAAGCCAGAGGACACGGACAGAAGGCAUCAAAGUAA